AUGGACCUUACCACGCAGAGUAAAGUAGUCUUCGGUCGAAUUGCGACCUUCGCUAUGAAGGUUCUGGCACCGGGUUAUCUCGCCGAAGCGAGCCUGACGGCCCUUGCUUCCGGGUGUCAAGCCCUAAGCACCAGACCCUACGUGCCUAGAGGUUAUUCCCUAUCGCGACGCAAUGACAGCACUCCGAUCUACAAAGAUGCCUCGUAUUGCAUCGACGAGCGUGUCGAUGAUCUCCUAGCCCGCAUGACAAUCGAGGAAAAAGCCGGCCAACUCUUCCAUACCAGACUAAUGGACGGCCCCCUCGACGACGAAGGGAGCGGUAACAACGCCCACAACAGCACCAGCAACAUGAUCGGCGAAAAGCACAUGACGCACUUCAACCUCGCCAGCGAUAUCACAAACGCCACGGAGACGGCUGAAUUCAUCAAUCGCAUACAAGAGCUAGCAUUACAGACCCGACUGGGAAUUCCGGUCACUGUGUCGACUGAUCCUCGUCAUUCCUUCACGGAAAACGUAGGCACCGGGUUCAAGGCAGGAGUAUUCUCCCAAUGGCCGGAAUCAAUUGGCCUGGCUGCACUUCGAGACCCUUAUGUCGUGAGAAAAUUCGCCGAGGUCGCAAAGGAAGAGUAUAUUGCGGUUGGUAUUCGCGCGGCAUUGCACCCUCAGGUCGAUCUCUCCACCGAGCCACGAUGGGCUCGUAUUAGUAACACCUGGGGUGAAAACAGCACCCUUACUAGUGAGCUCCUCGUCGAGUAUAUCAAGGGUUUCCAAGGCGAUAAACUCGGUCCUCAGUCCGUGAAAACGGUUACCAAGCACUUCCCUGGAGGUGGCCCCGUUGAGAACGGCGAAGACUCCCACUUUGCGUACGGAAAGAACCAAACAUACCCGGGCAAUAAUCUGGAGGAGCACCUGAAGCCCUUCAAAGCGGCCAUCGCUGCCGGUGCAACGGAGAUCAUGCCGUACUAUUCCCGGCCCAUUGGCACUGAGUACGAGCCAGUCGCUUUUUCAUUUAACAAGAGAAUCGUGACUGAGUUACUGCGCAAUGAGCUCGGUUUUGAUGGUAUCGUCUUGACGGACUGGGGUCUCAUUACAGAUGGGUAUAUCGCGGGCCAGUAUAUGCCUGCCCGAGCUUGGGGUGUUGAGAAUCUCACUGAGCUUCAGAGAGCGGCUAGAAUCCUUGACGCCGGCUGUGACCAGUUUGGAGGUGAGGAGCGCCCAGAACUGAUCGUUCAGCUUGUCCAAGAAGGGAUUAUAUCAGAGGAUCGGAUUGAUGUUUCUGUUCGCCGGCUUCUAAAAGAAAAGUUCGUUCUUGGCCUAUUUGACAACCCUUUCGUUGACGCCGAGGCUGCUGGCCGAGUUGUUGGAAAUGAUUACUUUGUCCGUUUGGGCAGAGAGGCGCAGAGGAGAUCAUAUACUCUCCUGAGCAACAACGAGGACAUUGUCCCCUUGAAGAAGAUUGAAAAGAGUACCAAGUUCUAUAUCGAAGGCUUCAACGCUUCUUUCAUCGAAUCGUGGAACUACACCGUUGUCGAUAGCCCCGAAGAAGCUGAAUAUGCUCUUCUGCGGUACAACGCACCCUACGAGCCUCGUCCAGGCGGCUUUGAGGCAAACAUGCAUGCCGGCUCACUCGCAUUUAACGAUACCGAGAAAGCCCGCCAAGCUAAGAUAUACUCAGCCGUACCGACGAUCGUGGAUAUUGUUAUGGAUCGUCCUGCAGUUAUUCCUGAGAUUAUUGAGCAGGCCAAAGCUGUCUUCGCUAGUUACGGCAGCGAUAGCAAUGCUUUCUUGGAUGUGGUCUUUGGUGUCAGCGCGCCUGAGGGAAAGCUGCCAUUUGAUUUGCCAAGUUCUAUGGAGGCUGUCGAAGCGCAGAUGGAAGAUGUGCCGUUUGAUACGAGGAAUCCGGUGUUUAAGUUUGGACAUGGGUUAAGCUAUGCUAAUCCUUGUGCGAGUAGCAGCAGCAAGUGCUCCUAA